AUUAUCGUUAAUAAUGACUUGUUCACCGUUCUAUUCUUCCUAGGCUGUGGUACACAUGCAUAUUGAGCCUAGGUACACAGAUGACUCAUCAAUCGAAGCUUGCUACAGGUGAAAUUGUGACGUAACCAGAGAAAGCUUGCUCGUAAUUCAGUCAAGAAGGGGACGAUGAAGAGGAGGCCGUGAAUGUGUUGAUUCAGGAUCCAACUGGAUGAUCCGCUGGGCGGGGGCGCUGGUACCUUCAACAGCAGCACAGCGGGGGACAAAGAAGAAGAUUGGGGCUGCCUGGACGAAGAUCGGGAGCUGCACCACCACUAGCAUAAGCAGCAGAGGCGGAGGAAGAUGGCAACAGCAGAAGAGGCCGGAGUGGCGGAAGGGGGCAUGCCGGCGGCCGAAGCGGACGGCCCAGGCCCUGCGAGCGGCACAGGUAGGCGGCGGUGGUCACCUCUGUGGCAGCUGCGCAGGUGGGCGGCGGUGCUGGGUCGCAAGCAAGACGACAAGGAGAUGCCGCCCAUCAGUCAUGGAGCCGCCGCCCGUCGAGUUGUCGCCGGAGAGGAGCAGGCGGGCGGAUGCGAAGCUCGCCUCCGUGUGCGCACGUAAGCAGGGGAGGCUCAAGUUUGCAGCAGCGGGGCAGGUGGGUGGCGGCGCAAGUGGGACUUCGUCGCCGGCUGAUCCCUACGACGGCUGGGGCACGCUGUGCCCGCCGGCGACGGGGGGAGCCGGAGGCUGGGGCGCGCGGUGCCCGUGGGCGUCGGGGGAGGAAGAAGGGCAGAUUAGCAUGAGAUUUAAAAUGGUAAGGUCUUUUUGA